ACAGUCAAUGUUACAGAAUCCACAGUCAAUGUUACAGAAUCCACAGUCAAUGUUACAGAAUCCACAGUCAAUGUUACAGAAUCAACAUUCAGUUCAACUGAUUUCUCAACCAGUCCAUUCCCAGAAAAUGUCACACAAUCAACAAAUAACUUGACAGACUCCACCAUCAGCACGACCAAACCAACUAGAGACACAAGUGUGACCACAGCUGUAAUGACAUCUACAGCCUCGCCAACCUUGCCAAUCUCCUCAACUGUAACUAUUCAGGGGCAGAUAGUUAUAACCAAUGGGACUGAAUGGAAUGACAACUUGGGUGACCCGAAUAGCACAGCAGCAAUACAACUGAAGGAGGACCUUGUAAAAGAGGUAAAACUUUGAGUAAAUAAAAUUGAAUCAAUAAAUUGACUUAGGUUUCAGGGGGAUACUUUUCAAUCAAUAGGUUGCAUUUUAAAUCAAUCUCAGUUCAUUGAUAAAUUAAAUAUCUGUGUAAAAGAAAAAUCUUUUAAAGUAAUGAGAAUUUAAUGUUAGAAAAUUGUAUGUCAAUGCCAAUUUAUAAUAAUAAUUUUCUUUAGAUUCUAAGCUAAAAGUAUAGGGCCUACAUUGAAAAUAAUAGCAGUAGACAAAAUAUCAGCCUAUUGAGCAUUUGUGUAUAAUGAAGACUAAGAGAUUACCCUGCUGCCAUUUAUAGGUGUAUACAACUCACAUCAGUCUUAUUUCCAUCAUUAAAUACAAUUUUUUUCUUUAAACUCAAUCACUGAGUCAUCUUAUUUAUUGAAAACAGCAAUUUGUCUAUCACAAGACAAAUUGACAUUUUCAGCGAUUUUUUGAAUGUUUGCAAAAAACAAAACCUUGCAAGUUAAGAACAAAGUAUAUCUUAUGAGUAUUUUAAUUGAAAAACAUACUUUGCUCACAAGGGAAAAAAAACUUUUUAUAUAAAUAAUUAUUUAUAAAUAAUUGAAACUUCCUAUUUAUUUAUCAAAGCGAUUAACUUUAAUUAUCACUUUUUUUGUUUGAUACAUGUCAUAAAGUAGAAACAUUAUAGAAAAAUUGUCAUCUAAUGCUAAUCUAAUAAUAAUAUACCAACAAACAUAUAAUAAAAUACUUGAUUGACUUAUGUGGAACCUUAUGAAGAAACUUCAAUUUGUUUAUAUCAACUGCAGUUCUACUUUUACAUUUAUAUUUGAUCUUCAGCUUAGUAAUCUGUAUCAAACAAUUCCUGGAUUCCAAAAAGUGGACAACAUUUUAUUCAGGUAAGUGGACAUCAUUUAAUUCAGGUAAGUGUAUAUCAUUUCAUUCAGGUAAGUGGACAUCAUUUCAUUCAGGUAAGUGGUCAUCAUUUCAUUCAGGUAAGUGGUCAUCAUUUCAUUCAGGUAAGUGGACAUCAUUUCAUUCAGGUAAGUGGUCAUCAUUUCAUUCAGGUAAGUGGUCAUCAUUUCAUUCAGGUAAGUGGACAUCAUUUCAUUCAGGUAAGUGGACAUCAUUUCAUUCAGGUAAGUGAUUAUUUUUCCAUUAAACAUUUUUCUUAUUUAAUAUAGAAAAGUUUGUCAUCUUGCAUGCAAGAUAAGCGGAUGCAUUAUUUAUUAUGGUUAACAAGAUACAUUUUUUUAUUAUAGUUAACAAGAUACAUUUUUUCCAUGAAAAGUCAAAUAACAAAUAAGAAAAAACUAUCAAAGGAGAAACAUGGAAAGAUAAUCCAUUUUUUGCUUAUUAACAAAACAUUCAUUUAAUUAACAGAGGUUUAACAAAUUUAAUAUUGACAAUUUCCUCUAAUUUAGUGCCCCCUAUAAUAUUUAUUUAUGAAGAGAAGAUUGAGUUUAAGUCAUUUUUGCUUUAAUUUUAAUCCUGAAUAUAUGUAUAUAUGUAUAUUUAUUUUGUCUCUUAUUUAUAUCUCAAAGAUUAUUUAACAAUUUUUCUUUCAGUAAGGGCAGUGUCAAGGUACUGUAUCAUGUUGUUUUUACCAACAUAAACAUCACUGUAGAGCAUGUGGAAGACAAAGUAAAGGAGUAUCUUAGGGCCAGCAACUCCACACUGGGAAUCUAUACCAUUGACAUUAAUCAGAUUAAACAUGAAGGUAAGUCUAAACCAGGGAAGAUCUUUGGUUAAGUAUCAUGUAAUGCUUGACUUCAUUGCGGCACUUAUAUAUUAAUACUAUCACACAUUUUAUAAAUGUAAUGACUUUACAUCAGCCAAACUGAAAAUCACCUUUUUAACUGAAUUUUAUAUUAAAUUUAUGUGCAAACACAAUAAAAAAUCAUUUUUUUGUUUUAAAGUGUAAUUUUUGCCAAAGUCAUUCUGCUAUCAUAAUUUUCCUCCAAAAUUCGAUCAUGUGUUUAAUUUCUAUGAGCAAUAUAUUUUAUCAUUUGAAAAAUUUUAAACAGACUGUUAUUUAAUAUACUGCUGAAUUAUAAGGAGAACAAUAAGUAAUUUUUAAUCCUUUUGCCUUGUUAGAUAUAAGGGCAACACAAUUGGGUGUUGCCAAUUUAAACAAUAUACUGUUUUAAAAGAAAAUUCACUGCACUGGAAACAUAUCCAUUGAAAACAUACGGAUUUGAAACAUAUGGAUUGAAAAUAUAUGGACUGGAAACAUAAGGAUUGAAAACAUAUUAUGGAAUGAAAACAUAAAACUUAAUUAUUAAAAGGCUUAGCUAGAAAAAUGUAGAGUAAUUUAAUUUGUUUUUAAUGUGACUUUUAACAUUCUUCAGAAGUAAAAGUUGAUAAGACAGACAUUGAGGAAAAGUUCCCAGACUGGGCUAUUGCUGUCAUAGUAUGUGGAGGAUGUCUUCUCAUAUUUGUUCUGUUCUUGAUAAUAAUACUGGUAAGUCAGACAUUUGUUUCAUUUCUAUUUGAUACAUUCUAUUAGGAGAGCCCUUUGGUCCUUAUAUUAAUGUGUAUUUAAAAACCUUUGCCAAAGUUGGCAAAGACCUUGCCUUACAUAUUUUUCUAAAAUAUUCAAAAUAUAGCAGAAGUUUUGUUUCCAAAAAUUGCACUAUAAAACAUUUAUGGCUGAAGCAAUCUGUUGAGCAUUUUAAUUCCCUUUAAUAUAACAAAAAAUUAUGGUUUGAUCAAUGUCCAAAUCUUACAAAAACUAGGAUUUGUUAUUAACAUUUCUACACACAUGUAUAAUGCACUACCAUGUACUAUUAUGUACUUGUGAAUUGUAACCCCAAUCAUAUUUUAAAAUUAACUUUUUUUAAUGCUGUAAUACUUAUUUAAAUGGUCCCACAUUUUUGCAAAUUUACCCCUGAAAAAUAUAUAAAUUAUUAAAAAUCCGUUAACAUCAGAUUCAAGAUUAACUUAUCUUUAGUUUGCCACCAUUUGAUUUGUCAUCCAGACAAGUGGUGUCAUCCAAACUAGUGUGUCAUCCAGACUAGUGGUGUCAUCCAGACUAUUUCUUUCUCUUUUCCUGGAGCAUAAACUGUUACCCACACAAGUGGUUUUUCUCUACAUGGAGUAUAAACUGUCACCCAUACUAGCGUUUUUCUUUAUCUGGAAAUUAAUUAUGGGUCUGCUAUCUUAAAUUUAUUAUUUAAAAAAUGUCCAAUAUAAACCUAAGUUAUCUCUCUUUGUGACAGUGCUGCAGACGCACAACAAAUAAAAAGUACACCAUUAAAGAUGACCCUGAAGAUUUUCAGUACAGGCGAAGUUGGGCUUCACAAGACACGAGUUCAGUUCCGAGCCAGAAGGAUGAUAUCUAUGACAAUGCAGGGAUGGACCACUACAAACAGCCCCACAGGGGCCAAGAUGGAAGGGGAAUAGCAUUGGAAGAUUCUAAUCCCAGUAGCAAUAACUCUGGAAAUGUAUACCACAAUGCGAAAAUCGGUCAAGUCAAUUAUGCAUAUAGCGAUCCAGU